AUGUUUUCUCGAGCUUUGAGGCCCUCGACGCUCUUGCCAAAGGCGGGCAAGACCUUCUUGAACCCGUCAAAGACCUUCCGAGCUCGGUCCCUGGCGACCGUUUCCAACGAUACACCUCGGCAGCAAGAACUGCCUCUGCACAAGCAGUACCGCCACACUGCACCAUCCUACGAACCCGCCACAUUCACGAUCCGAAAUGGACCUAUCUUCCAGGGCACAUCGUUUGGUGCUCGAAGCAACAUUUCAGGAGAGGCUGUUUUCACAACUUCUCUGGUUGGAUAUCCUGAGUCAUUGACCGACCCUUCUUACCGAGGACAGAUCUUGGUUUUCACCCAGCCUCUCAUCGGUAACUAUGGUGUUCCGUCGAGUGCCCGGGACGAAUAUGGCCUUCUGAAAUACUUCGAAAGUCCUCAUAUUCAGGCUGUGGGUGUGGUUGUUGCGGACGUUGCGGAGAAGUAUUCUCAUUGGACUGCGGUGGAGAGCUUGAGCGAGUGGUGUGCUAGAGAAGGAGUGCCAGCCAUCACCGGAGUUGAUACUCGAGCGAUCGUCACCUACCUUCGGGAACGAGGCUCGAGUCUCGCCCGGAUAACAAUUGGAGAGGAAUACGACCAGGACCAGGAUGAGGCCUUCGUUGAUCCAGAGCAGAUCAAUCUCGUCCGCAAAGUGAGCACCAAGGCGCCAUUCCACGUCAGCGCACCUUCUCCGACUGCUCAUGUUGCUGUCAUCGACUGUGGCGUUAAGGAGAACAUCCUGCGCAGUCUGGUCAGCCGGGGUGCGAGUGUCACCGUUUUUCCUUUCGACUAUCCCAUUCACAAGGUUGCCCACCAUUUCGACGGUGUGUUCAUCUCCAAUGGCCCUGGUGACCCAACCCAUUGCCAGGACACCGUCUACCAUCUUCGAAAAUUGAUGGAGACCUCGCAGAUCCCGAUCAUGGGUAUCUGCUUGGGACAUCAGCUGUUGGCGCUUUCUGCAGGAGCUCGAACCGUCAAGCUCAAGUAUGGCAACCGAGCCCACAACAUCCCUGCUCUUGACCUCACCACCGGCAAGUGCCACAUAACGAGUCAGAACCACGGCUAUGCGGUUGACGCCACGACCCUGCCCGACGAAUGGAAGCCUUACUUCAUUAACUUGAACGACAACUCUAAUGAAGGUCUAAUUCACGCCACACGACCAAUAUUCUCUACCCAGUUUCACCCUGAGGCCAAGGGAGGCCCGCUUGAUUCCUCGUUCUUGUUCGACAUGUACCUGGACAACGUACAGAAGUACAAGCAGAGUCAGUCCGCCUUCCAACCUCAACGAGACAGCAGCCCCAGCCCAUUGCUGGUGGAUCUGUUGGCCAAGGAGAGGGUGGGUGUCGAACUGACCCAGGGAAUCCGGAACAUGAUGGCCACCCAGAGUCAAGAGAGCGCGGAACCUGAAAAGGUCUAUGCUGCCGGUGCUGCAUGA